AAAAGACUCUUUUGAGCUAACCCCUUCAUCGAAACUCGCCUGCUUCUGCUGUACGGGGAGUAUUUGCGUAGGAGAAUAAACGGUGGUUUCCGCGCCGAGACCUCCAUGCGGCUGUUGACGGAACAGCCAGCCGCCUCUCUCGGUUAGCCAUCAGGGAUCUCAGUUUAAUAUCUCACCGUGCAGAGACUCGCCCUCUCUCUCCCCCUCUCUCUCACUGGCUAGCCCAGAACCUCCGACGACCGAGCUCGGAGAACCCGCCUUCUUGCCCUCGCUUAAACGGUUUUGGAUCGAGGGAAGGGAGUCUGCGACGCCCUGGCUUUAGUUUUAAGCUCCGUUUCUCUGUGUUUGCAGUGCGCCAUUGGACCUUGUCACGAUCCAAGACAGAAUAUCCGCAAAUGAAUGGAGAAAUGGAGGCAACGACACAAGACCAAGUAUGGGCGCAGGAUGACCUUUUAAGACUGCUGGAGGCCAUGAAAGUGGCUCUUCCACAGAAAGACCUGACUAAAUACAAAACAUCAGAGUCCCACCUGGACUGGCAGAAAGUUGCUUUCAAUUCCUACACAGCUGAGAUGUGCAAGCAGAAAUGGCAGGAGGUCUCGAAAGAGAUUCGUAAAUUCAGGACCCUGACAGAAUUGAUAGUUGAUGCUCAAGACUACAUAAAGAACCCAUACAAGGGCAAAAAAAUAAAGAAACACCCAGAUUUCCCCAAGAAGCCUUUGACUCCAUACUUCCGUUUCUUUAUGGAGAAGAGGGCCAAGUAUGCAAAGCUGCACCCUGAGAUGAGCAACCUAGACCUUACUAAAAUCCUCUCCAAGAAGUAUCGGGAACUGCCUGAUAAAAAGAAGAAAAAAUAUGUUGACGACUUCUUACGAGAUAAGGAAACAUUUGUUCAAAGUAUGAUGAAGUUCAGGGAAGAGCAUCCGGACCUGGUGGAGAGCAUGGCCAAAAAAGGCUCAAAUGUACCAGAGAAGCCCAAGACGCCCCAACAGUUGUGGUACAACCACGAAAAGAAAGCCUUCCUCAAGCUGCACCCUGAUGCGACCACCAAAGACAUUAAAGAUAGUCUUGGCAAACAGUGGACGCAGCUUUCUGACAAAAAGAGGCUCAAAUGGAUCACCAAGUCGCUGGAACAGCAGAAGCAGUAUGAGGAGGUGAUGCGUGAAUACAUCCAACAGCAUCCGGAGUUAAAUAUGACCCAGGAAGACAUCGUAAAGUCCACCCUGACCAAGGCAGAGAGGCACCUGAAGGACAAAUCUGACGGCCGACCUGACAAACCUCCUCCAAACGGUUACUCGAUGUUCUGUGCGGAGCUGAUGUCGAGCAUGAAGGACGUUCCCAGCACAGAGCGUAUGGUGAUGUGUAGCCAGCGGUGGAAGCUGCUAAAGCAGGGUGAAAAGGACGCCUACCAAAAACGCUGCGAACAGAGGAAAAAAGAGUAUGAAAUUGAGAUGAACAGAUUUCUCAGUAGUAUAUCAGAGGAGGAGCAGCAGCGGGUCUUGGGUGAGGCGAAGACUGGUUUUAAGAAAAGCACUGGAGCCAAUAGUCCCGCAUCUAAAAAGAAAAACUCUAAAGCAAACGCAAAUCCAGAAAAACCCAAAAGACCAAUUUCAGCCAUGUUCAUAUUUGCUGAGGAGAAACGUCCCAAACUGCAGCAGGAGCGGCCAGAACUUGCUGACAGUGAGAUCACAAGACUUCUUGCUCGCAUGUGGAACGAGCUGCCAGAUAAGAAGAAGGAGAAGUUUAAACGCUUAGAAUCGGUGUUGAAGGCAGAAUCUGAGAAGAAGGAAAAAGAGGACCGCAGUCGACUCCCAGAUCCGCCCAAAAAUGCACAAGACAUCUGGCAGCAGAGUGUUAUAGGGGACUACCUAGCCAGAUUUAAGAACGACCGGCCAAAGGCACAGAAAGCAAUGGAAGCAACCUGGAGCACCAUGGAGAAAAAAGAGAAGAUUAUGUGGAUCAAAAAGGCAGCAGAGGACCAGAAAAGAUAUGAGAGAGAAGUAAGUGAGAUGCGCUCGCCUGCUGCUGCCAUUGCCUCAGGGAAGAAGAUGAAGUUUGAGGGUGAACCCAAGAAACCGCCAUCAAAUGGAUAUCAGAAGUUCUCUCAGGAGAUGCUGUCCAAUGGAGAGCUGAAUCACCUCCCAAUGAAAGAGCGGAUGGCUGAGAUUGGCAGCCGCUGGCAGAGGUUACCACUGAAGGACAAGGACCGCUACAAGAAGAUUGCUGAGGAGAAGCAAAGGCAGUACAAAGUCCAACUGGAACAGUGGCUUGCUAGUUUGUCUUCGCAAGAGAGAAACACUUACAAAGAAUAUAAUUCACAAAAAAGAAGAACUACAGCAAAACCAGGAGGCCCCAAGGCAAAGGCCAAGAAAUCUGAUACGGAGGAGGACGAGGAUGAUGACGAUGAUGAGGAGGAUGAUGACGACGAUGAGCAGGAGAAAGCUUCUAGUGAAGGCGACUCUUCCAGUGAGGAGGAUGAGGAUGAGGAUGAUGAUGAUAAGGAGGACGAUGACGAUGACGACGAAGAGGACGAAGAGGACGAUGAAGCAGACGACAAGGAGAACAAGUCGGAGGACAGCAGCAGUGAGUCGAACUCACAGGGGUCGUCAGACUCUGAUUCAGACUGAAACGCGCCAUCACUGACAAACUGAGCAGCGCUGAGCUGAGCCAAGAGUCCAGGGAGCUCUGCCACUGUGCCAACCCUGCUCUCCUCCCACCACCAGAGGGAGCCCCUGCAUUGCCUCAUCCAUUUCACACUCACCCACUUUAUGUUGCUGCGCUGGCGAUCUGUACAGAAGGAGAGACCCUGCCCCUAUCUGGAAAUCAGUUCAAUUCCAUCCCCGGCGCAGUAGUCAUCUCACAGCACGGGCCGCUGACAGUAUGCCAAAAACAGCAUCCCACUGGUUUGGUGAUGUCGUGAACAUUUCUGCACUGGUUUCAAUCUUGACUUGCAGCUUCAGUGGUUUAAGGUUAGAGUUUUAAUGUGUUGGGUAAUUGAUUACCCGUUCAGUCUUUUAUUUUUGUUAUUCUGAUGAUUAGUUAAGGACAGGUGGCUUGAGUUGUGAACAGGCUGAGCCAAAGAACACAGUACGGUGGAUCACCUGAAGGCUGAAGGUGGGCAGGGGGGAGGGCAUGCGGGGUACUGGAAAAUUGCACUCUACAAAAAUUUUCAUUUAAUCUUUUUUUUUUUCACAACAUUGUUGUGUUGUCCUCGACUUACGAUGUAGAUUUUAUGAUUUGGUUCUUAAAGAGGUGGUAUUUUUUCAGGAAAAACAAAAAAAAUCAAGCCAUUAUGAAUGUCUUUUUUUUGUCGCUGGAAAAUUUGAGAGUUUGUUACAUACCCAUGUUUUUUCAUUUGAAAUUUACACUGCCUAUAAAGUAUUCAAUCCUUGGAUUUUUCAUGUUUUAUUGCUUUUCAACAUUACAAAGAUGCUAUUGGACCUUUUCACACACAUUGGGGUGUAAGGAAGCAUAGCAACAUUUAUUGGAAAUUAACAGACUGCAUCUUUUGGGGUGUGUUGUAAAGCUUUUCAACACAUAACUGACAUCGACUUCAUCUAAGCCUCGGCGUGACGGAAUAUUCCCUCAGCUAGAUUCUGUCUAGAUUAAACACGAAUCUAAAACACAAGACUGCGAUUGCAUGCUGGUGCUUUUCUUGUCUAACUAGCUGUUUGGGCUUCCAGAUUUAGAAUGUAGUGUCAAACUGUAAACAGUUUAGUUUUAUAUUGGGACUUAAUUUAGAUUGGUUUAUAGGGAUUGUUUUAACUUGGCCGUAAAGGAGUUAUAAAGCCAGAUUAGCCGUUAUGGUUCCAGUAUAAAACAUAAAGGUCCAAUGGGGGUUGAAUACUUUCCAGGACACUGCACAUUACCAUGUGUCUGUCACUGAAAAAUAUCAUUUAUCCAAACUGACGUGUUGUAGUCGAUCAGUCUUAACAGUUCUUACUCAGUUAAUUGAGCAGGUUGUAAUUAUUAAUUGGAGCAACACUUGUCCAUAUUUAAAGCUCAGUCUGACUCUGUUUUUAAAGAAAACCUUAAAUAUGCUUCUUUUAUUUUUUUCUUCAGAACUGUUGCUUUCCAUUUCAUUUACAGUUCAAUUGCGAUAUGCUACCAGGUUUGUUUUAAUUGUGAGCAGUUGUGUUUUGAUCUAUCUGGACUCGUCGUGGGUGUUGAGCUGAAUGGACUCGUCCAUUUUUAUUUCCGAGUUUUAAUAGUAUUGACUGUAAUCCACAUGGUUUCUGUUCUGAUGCUUAUCCCAAAAAAAGCGUGCACUUAUUGUAAAUGUGUCCCUCUGUGUGAGUUUGUGUGCAUGCAUGCACAGAACUUUGUAUAUAUGAGGGCGUUUGCGUGUUCUUUGCUUUAAUGUGUGCUGUUUUUGCCGUUUAGUUGCAUACCAUGACGUGACAGCAGUGUGCAUGUAUGUGCCUGUGCGGGGACAUCAUACCAACACCAUGAAUGUAGAUAUUGUUAAAUCUUUUAUUAUUAUUUUUUUCUCCAAAGGUCUUUGCGGUCAUGUCAUUGAAAACCUAAAAAUGUACUUACAUGACUGUGUUUUUGGGUCUCCAGACAGAUUAAGUACAUGGCAACUAUUAAUAAUCUGUUAAUAAUGGGUUUAUUUUGACCAUUUUGAAUCUCAUCACAGACUGAAAUAAAACCAGCGUGGACUAUUUAAAUAACUGGGGGAGGGAAAAGCAAAGCAAAGCAUUUCCUUUUUGAAUGACGAAAAUUUGUAAAAGGGAAUUAGGAAACUGAGUUGCCAGUGGACUUCGGGGUUAAAACAGACAAAAAAAAAGAAACUGUAAUUUUCUGUAAAUACUGUUUUUGUAUUGAGUGCUUAUUGUUUUGUUAGUACUUUUAUUUUGGCAAGCCCUCAUCUGUGGUUUCUAAGGCCAGUGAGUCUUUCACUCACGGGGGAGAAUUUUUGGUUAAAUUCGCCUGUUUUAGUUGUUUCUUCUCUCCCUUAUGUUGGUUUAUAGAGAUAUCUAAAACAGCAAAGCUUUACAAGUUUGUACUGCUGACAAAUUGACAGAAUUUGAUGUUUUAUAUAGCUGAGGGUGUUCUUAUGUCCUUGUAGUUCAAGUAUUUGGGCAAAUAAAUGACCUUUAACAGUUAAAA